AAAGAUGGCGAGAAGAAAGAUGGCGCCAAAUAAGAGAGAAAGAGAAGAAGAUGAGGAUUCUUCUGUUGAAGAGCAAAACAUCCGGCCUGUGUGCAAACGGCGCAGAUUGAGUUCUUCUAGCAAAACAUCUGCUAAUAAGAGGGGCGUUAGGCGCUUUGAAAAUGUGGGUCAAGCAGGCCCAUCACAAAUGAACGAGCCGCUUCUCCCAACUUGUUCAUGCUGUUCAUCUGGAAGCCGCAAAAGGCGUUAUUCAUCGAGCGAUGAUUCCUCACCCUCUGACGAGGAGAGUAGAGUGAAGCGCGCUAGGAGAAAAUAUGAAGAGCUGGGCGCGUUCGGUGUCCACAUGGCGAUUAUGCAACGGAGACAUUGGGGCAGUGUACAAAGGUCUGCCAUUCUAGAAGCUAUACAACAAGAAAGGUCAAGGCUGGAGGCUGACCUUCAGGAACCUGGUCCUUCAAACAGGAACAGAGACCAAGAACCGGACUCUCCCGAUAGGCCAGCAUCUCUUGUUGACCCGUUGGAGGAAGAAGAAAUGCCUGAGCGAGAAAAUGAAGGGCACCAUCAACAGCAGGAGUCAGAUGCUUCAGGAACAGUAGAGGAGAGUGAUGCAGGUGAUGGUGUUGAGGAUCAUUCCACUUCAUCUUCAUCCCCACCUCCUGUACCCAAAACUCGAAAACCCAGGAGCACCAGACUGGCUAUGUUGCUUGGUGACUUCUACUCCGCUAAAGUUUCUUCCAGUCAGCUUCAGGAUGAAGAGCCAAUAUCUUCUAGGCUGAGAAAAAAGCCUAGGCUAAACUACACGGAGACAAGGCUUCGUCCUAGAAGGAGGAGUUAAGUCAUUCUCAUAUUAU